AGGCAAAGCGUAAGCGAGCGUCUAAGUGAUAAUGAUCCAAUUCAGUUAAACAUUGUUUCUCAACAACAUUUUAUAAUGGAAGACAAAAUUUGAAAGUCAUGGUAACUAGCUGAUCAUUCUCCGUCACACUAUGGAGAAUGUAAGCUGUACCCUGUUAGAUAAACUUAAAUUGAAACACAGUGAAAAGGACAACAAUAAGUUAAACAAAGAAAACGAAGAGGAAUCUGCAGUGGGAGUUCGUACUAAACUGCGUGCGCUUAUGGUGGCACUUUUCGGAAUAUCAAUGUCAUUGUGCGCAAUUGCGUCGCAGCCGGUUGAACUUGAAUUGGAAGAUGACGAAGUGGCACAAAGAUUGAACAAUGUAACGUUUGCGAGGCGGAUCGCAAAGCCUACGAUUCGUUUGGUAAUUGGCUAUGGGACUCUGAGUGCUACUGUCACUGCUGUGACUUCUUUGUUAUUACUAAUUGCAGUCAUGUCAAGGAAAUCUUGGUGGCAACGUGGCGCCAGAUGGUUGGCCGCGCCAGCUCUUCUUGUGGCUGCGCUGGAGGCGGCUUCAGACGCAAGCGAUGCCUUACUUGUCACAAUACUGCGAAGCUCAGAAGCCCCAAUCAGACUUUUUCUACAAUCUUUAGCGGCUUGCGCUCUUAUUACCACUGAAAUAUUAAUCUGGUACUUUAUAGCAAAAUUCUUUGAAUACAACCCAUCAGCACAGGAUCCCACGGAGGAAAAGAAACUAAAAGGCAAAGAUAACUAGACGUAAAACAAAUCUAAUAAUUGUAACGUGACUGUUAAGAAUAUCAGUAUUCAUCACGUUUAAUAAAUAAUUUUCCGUUA